AUGAGCUACAUUCAUGAAAUUCAGUUUCGUAUGCGCAUGAAAAGGCACUUCCACAUAGCUUCUAGUGUGCUCAGAAAAGCUGUCAGUAGCCUUGAUGAUCCAAAUACUGUCUCUCAGGCUGCGAAGUUACUGUAUCGAAGAGCAGGACAACUUGAGCCAGCUGUCGAAAUCAAACGUCCUUCUGAAAUUCAAAGUGGCCUAAACGAGCGCUACUAUAAUAGCUACCUCAUACCCUCGAGAGAAUGGUGCAAGCACAAUGAAAUAAAUUGGGCAAGUAUGAAAGAUUGUCUAAACAUGGACCUUCGCGCGCUCUCUACUAAACAUCAAAAAAACCUUGAGCAUUACAUUGAUAGCAACUUGUUCGAUAAAUGCAACAGCACUUUUCUCAUCGAUAUUAAAAAGCUUAGAGAGAACUCAUUAAAUGUCGGGGAUGUGGUACUACUUCGAUCUGAUCCCUCUCAACUAUGCAUGUGCGUGGAAGUGCCAACGGAUAUAAUGAACCCUAGCUAUACUUUCGCUACAGUAGACGGUCAUGUUAAGUUUGCUUCGCGUAAUUCCGUAUUACUAAGAAUGCCUUCCUUUCAUUCUAAACCCGUGAACUACCUGGUUAGGGAAGAAAUCCCAUAUCUGGACACACCAGUGGGUACAGUCAAGGAUAAUCCAAAUCAGACAUUCAUAUUACCAGUACUAGCGCGCUUGUUGUAUUCUUCGUAUAUUCCUUUUGAAAUAACGCGAGCAGCAUGGAACCGAAUGGCAACUGUAACUAAAAAACUCGAACUGUUGCACCGGUUUCUCCAAAAGAGCGAUGGCCCAUGGCAGAUCUCGUAUAUUAAACUAUGUGAGCUAGUGGCACUCUUAGAUCUUCAAAAAUGCCGAUCAACAUCUACGGUUACUUACCUGAAUGAGCUGAUGGCAACGGUUGGUGUGAGCCCACUACAAGGUGUUUCAGAAAACCUCUCAAACCUGAAGCCGCCUCAAUACUUAGAUUCCGCAAAUUUUUUGGCAACAUAUUGGGCUCUGGUACAGCAACAGGAGCACUAUUUGUGGGGGGAAAUUCACCUUCAUCGAGCGAUGUUGACGCCGAUAUCGGUUACAGUCUUACCAUUGAGAUCGCGUCAUCUGUACUAUGAUUCCCUUGUUAGGAAGUUAAAGAAAAAUGAUUACGCCAUUUUCACUAGAUUUGCGCAUCACUUCAAUGCUGGAAAUACUCGAGAAGCGCUUGAUACGUGUCCUGACAUCUAUAGAAUGCUAAUGGACUUUGCAGCAGGAAACUUUCAAAAAAAUGGUAUUAUAAUCACAACAAUCUCCAAGUUAUUUAGGAAACUUGAUGAUUAUAAGUACAGUGAUAUAACCCGAGACCUAUCACAUGAGCUUAUCCAAAGGCUCAGAUCACCUUUGGACGGAAAUCCACUUCUGGCGAACGAUGGACUUGCAUUAACUUCUGUAUCUGGUGAAAAAACCAUAGAAGACAAGAUAUAUGAUUUUGCCUUACCACUAGGCUCUCAAGAUGUUACAAACCGCCACAAUUUUCAAGACAUGAGAGUGUACUGUAUCGAUUCAGCGGACGCACAUGAAAUAGAUGAUGGCAUUUCGAUCGAAUUCAAGGGAACUAAUAGGUAUGCGCUACAUGUACAUAUUGCAGAUCCUGUUUCCCUGUUUGGAAAUACCUUUGACAAGUGUGUUGCGAAUGAAGUAUGGAAGGUCGCCCUCGCUCGCAGCUUUACAUGCUAUCUCCCAGAUUACGUGAAACCGAUGCUGCCGAGUACAUAUAGCAAAGCUGGCGAUCUUGGAAAAGAUGGAAGUGAAACCAAAACACUUUCAUUUUCAAUCGAUGUCGAGUGUGAGGACGAUCACCUCCAAUUACUCGAGGACACAUUUCAAAUUCGUUUAGGCACUGUAAAACGAUUUCCAAGGGUGACCUACGAUAGCGUAGAUAAACUACUGGCAAGCAAAGUUGAUAGCACAAAUGAGGAGUUUGUAGAGUUGAGCGCCAUUUACAAAGUGGCAACUCUUCUUCGGCGCAAGCGUGUUGAAGACGGUGGAGCGAUUGUAUUUGGCGACGGCUUUAACAAGGGCCUGGUGAAAAUAAAGGAUACGGGAACUAUGGAAAGAGGUGGCUCACCCGCCAUUGAAUUCGAAGAUCAGAAGGUUACCCCAUCAACGUUAAUGGUGUCAGAAUUGAUGAUUUUAGCUAACACCAUGACGGGCAAUUAUUUUGCCACCCACGGUAUUCCCGGAGUCUUCCGCUCUUAUAAAGAAUUGGCCUUGAAAGGUAAAGCUUUCGAAGGGUAUGAGCAGCUACGCUCUUUGACCCGUUCUCAUGAUCUCCCUUCCGUCAAAGAUAUUGCCAAACUCUCUUCACUAUUGAACUCUAGCUUUUACACUGGCCAUGCCUCAAACCACGAUAUGAUCGGCGCACCUGCCUAUUUGACUGUUACCUCACCCCUCAGAAGGUUCCCAGAUUUGAUCAACCAUCUCCAGCUCCAUGCUCACCUUAAACAAUGGCCCCAAAAUUUUUCACAAUAUGCCAUUGAUGAAAUGCUUUGGCAUAUACAGUCUCGCGACGUAAUUUUGAAGAAGGCCGCCCAGCACUCAGCCACUUGUUGGACGCUAAAGUAUCUAAAAUCACAGCAGCAUAGACGUCCUGGCGUCCGCUAUUCUGUCAUGAUCACCUCAGUUCCACAGAUGGGGUUGGUGAGAUGCGUCUUACCGGACUUGAGUGCCGCUCGAGGCGUGCUAAAAUUACGACCUGAAAUCGCAUCCAAAUGGUCGAUUGGGGAUGUCGUACACAACUGCAAAAUCACAAAAUUAGACUGUCUGGACGGUGUAAUGGAAUUAGAGGUACCACCAACGAAUUGUGACGGAAACUAA